AGGGUGUGCCUGCUCACACGCUGGGGAGCUGAGCUGGGAACAGGAGCCCUGAGACACCCUCGGCUGGGGGACGUAUGGCAAGGAGGGGUUUGGGAAAUUAACUGCAGCACGAAACGCGUUUGCUGUAGCCUUGUGUUGUGCGCGGUCAGGUGAAGUGCAGCCCCCUCUUCCCCCCAGCCCCACGGUCCGCUUGCAGCCAUGCUUCACUCUCCACUGAAAACAGCGUUGGCGUAUGAAUGUUUCCAAGACCAGGCCAGUUCCACUCUGGCUCUGCCAUCGGACCACAAGCUGAAAACUAAGGGUACAGGAAAACAGCGAGUCCAAGAGCAAGUGAUGAUGACGGUGAAGCGGCAGAAGCAAAAGUCGUCUGUGUCGUCGAGCGUGGGCCACUCCAACCGAGGUUCCAUACACGAUGGUUUAGUUGAUGGUUAUGGCUAUGGGACAUCCCGAGGAAGCUAUUACACCAAAACCCAAACAGGAAACAGCAACUGGGGAUAUCCGCUGUACAACGGGACCCUGAAGCGGGAUGUGGAGAACAGACGCUACAGCUCGUACAGCCAGAUGGAGGGCUGGGGUGGCAAGCACUACAGCAAAGCUGUCUGCAGCCCUGCCCGACCCGGGAGCGACUACUGCUUUGUGCAGAACAUCAAGAGCAGCCGGAGCGAGCCGGACCUCUACUGCGAACCGCCCCGAGGCACACUGAGGAAGAGUCAGGUUGGCGGCCGGGUAGAGCACAAGACAACCUUGAACCGCCAGAGCAUCUACAGCAGCUGUAGCACCCAGCAAGGAACUACCAGGACAAGUAAAAAAAUGCCAGCACGGGCCCUCUCCUGCCCCUCAAGCAACAAGCCAGACGUGGUCUAUGCCCAGCCCAUGAUGAGCUGCAAGCAGGAUGCGGUUUACGGACAGACUCAGUCCAGCUCCAAAAUAUGUGGUGAUGAGAUAGACGGCGGUACCAUGACCAUCCAGAAAGCCAUACAACUUCUGUGUUCCUCCGAUGACAAAUACCAGGCCAUGGGUGCUUACUACCUCCAGCACACCUGCUUCCAGGAUGAGUCGGCCAAGCAAGAGGUCUAUCGGCUGGGGGGAAUCGCCAAGCUCGUCGAGCUGCUCCGCAGCACGAACCAGAACGUACAGCGGGCAGCAGCUGGAGCCCUCCGAAAUUUGGUCUUCAAGAAUCCAACCAACAAGAUAGAAACCCGGCGGCAGAAUGGGAUAAGGGAGUGCGUGAGCCUCCUACGGAGGACAGGGAACACCGAAAUUCAGAAACAACUAACAGGACUACUCUGGAACCUCUCCUCCACCGAUGAAUUAAAAGAAGAGUUGAUACAGGAGGCCCUCCCCGUCUUGACAGAUUGUGUUAUCAUCCCUUUUUCUGGCUGGUCUGAUGGCAGCUGCAACAGGACAAGAGAAAUUAUUGACCCAGAAGUAUUUUUUAAUGCUACAGGGUGCUUGAGAAACUUGAGUUCUGCAGACAUGGGGCGCCAAACCAUGAGGAAUUACCCUGGCUUGAUCGACUCAGUCAUGACUUAUACCCAGAACUGCGUGGCUUCUAACCGACCCGAUGAUAAGUCUGUGGAGAACUGCAUCUGCAUCCUGCACAACCUCUCCUACCGCCUGGAUGCUGAAGUUCCCAACAGAUACACCCAGCUCAACCACAUGGCCCGGAGUGUUUACAUGGACAAAACUCUCACAGGCUGCUUCAACAGCAGGAGCGGUAAAAUGGAGAAUGAUGAAUAUGCUGUCCCCCUUCCUGAGGAGGAUUUUAAGCCCAAAGGACCCAGCUGGCUCUACCACUCUGAUGCCAUACGCACCUACCUGUCCCUGAUGGAUCAGAGCAAGAAGGAUGCAACCCUGGAAGCUUGUGCUGGAGCUCUGCAGAACCUCACUGCGAGUCGAGGGCUGAUGUCCAACGCAAUGAGUCAAUUGAUUGGUUUGAAGGAAAAAGGUCUGCCUCGCAUAGCACGGCUCCUCCAGUCCAACAGCUCUGAAGUUGUCCGGUCUGGGGCUUCUUUGCUGAGCAACAUGUCUCGACAUCCUGUUCUCCACAAAACUAUGGCUCACCAGGUGCUCCCAGAUGUAUCACGUCUCCUGUCAUUCCAGUCUGGAAAUACUAACAGCUAUGGAGAGAUCAUGACAUCAGCUUGUUACACUCUGAGGAACCUCAUCAUGUCCAACCCACACCUGGGAAAGUCUUACUUGACAAGCAACAUGCUAAAUAAUGUAGUGAGCCUGUGCCGAAAUGGCUCCUGUCCAAAAGCGGCCGAAGCUGCUCGCCUCCUUCUGACAGAUCUUUGGUCGAACAGGGAGCUCCAGAGUGUGCUCAAGCAGCAAGGAUUUGAUAAGAACAUGAUGGGCUCUUUAGCUGGAACAACCUUCAGGACCCUCUCCUCCAGAUUUUAGGAGCCUUUCCACACAUGUUCAGGCUGCAGAAUUUGGAAUUAGUUCAUGUCCAGGAAGACAAUCCUUUCACAGUUGUUUAGGAUGUUAAAGAUGUAGAGUGUUUCUGAGUUUAACUCGACUGUAAAGAAAACUAAACAUACAGAUUUCAUGUGGAUGAUACUGAUAUUUUUAAGCAUUUUCUUCUUUUUAGGGGGAGAAGGGACUCUUAUUGAGGUUAUACUUUCUUGAUGUCAAUAAUUAUGGUUUUUUUGCAAAGAGUGUGUCUGUGUAACUCUGUGCGUGUCAUUGUGUGUGUGUGCAGUCGACACACGUGCACACGCGGCAAGUAGGAUCUUCCUACAGGCAUAGUCCCCCAUCUCCCACCGAGAGUCAGUGUGAGUUGUGCAGUUUAACCCCCUCGCAGAGUUUUGCCCAAUUCCACCUGACCCAUGCACCAAACACUGCCACGCUACCAACUUUUUACAACCUAUUUUUACCCACAAGUAUAAAAAUUGCCAAUUUUAGGCUGACUAUCCCCCCUGCAUGUGGCUGUUACAAACAGAUACACACAACCAUACUCUUCUUUACAAAGGCUGGUUAUUCCUAACAGUUAUGAACACGGGUUUCUCUUCUGCUUAUGAUUUUUUCUCCGAUGAGCACUUAUAGUUAUUAGAAUUUUCUUUCCUGUCACGUGAACUCUUUCUCUCAAGAAGCAAAUUGAUGUCUGCAAAGUCUCUCCCGGGUCUCAGUAACCCUUUCCUGAAGCUAUAUGGGAGGGGACAGCUGCAACACAUCUGCAGAGCAUCGAUAUUACCGGGUCGCGAACCACUUUGAGCACCAGAACAACUCAAUCUCUUGACUGUACCUGGACAAACGUGGCAUUUGAGAAGCUGAGCUGGAAACAGGCAAAGCAUUUUUUUCCCCUGGGAUCACUGACUGCCACACAGGACUGGAAAAAGUGAGGGAUGUGGCCUUUUUAAUCACGCUUUGUUUUUAUUGAUCAAUGUAAAGAUAUAGUAUUAAUAUCCAAAGGAAUGUAAGCACUUGUGUGAAGUCAGGCUUGGAAAUCUUUUAUUUCUCUGUAUCUUUAGUUACAUGAUCACCUUGUGAUGCUAAGGCUGUGAUAGGGGACUGCUGAGCUCACUUUAGAGCAACCCACUCCUUAUGACAGUAACCGUGUGAAGAAAGAGGCUGAUCUUCCUCUCUCCAGAAGAAAAAUGUCCUCUACCCAUCCUCACAAGGGAAGAAACUCAAGGAAAGGACCAGCUGAGGAUGCAUUUGCUGGCUGCCCCCCACACAUGGUUAUUGCCUCUUCAAACUGUGCAGGGUCACAGGACCCCAUUUUGCAAAUAUCAGGAGUGCAAAAGGUGCUUGGGAAGGACAAAUUAUGGAGCUGAGUCUAGAAAGGGAGAAACAGUCUCAUUUUUUGUGAUUGUCAGACUCAGUUGAUAGAAAUCACCAUAUCCCCAUUCACUUCCCCCAAAUGGGGUGAUUUCUGCCCACUAAAGAAUCAUCCAUGAAGUUCAUAUUCACUCUGACACAGCUUUAGAGCUAAGAAAUGCAGUGGCACUUUUUUGCCCCUUCUUUAGACCAUGGGAGCGCAUGUCCAGAGAGGGAGAUCAUUUUCCAGCUGUUUUUUCUCUUGGACUGCUAAGGGUGGCUUAGUUUUGUGCACUUUAAUGAGCAGCAGCUAUUUGCUUCCCUUCACCCACGUUCAGUCGAGAGCUUUCUUCGCCAAGCUCCCAGCCAAAUGAGAGAGAAAAAAAGCACCUUUGAAGUGGAGAGCUAGAACCAGGAGAAUCCGGUAGGACAGUUUCAGGAGUAUUUAAGCAGCAGCAAAGGAGUCCCAGCCUGCGGGCAUGCCCUUGCCAUUCCUGCCAGCUCUUCCUUGACUGGAUGUAUAUUCUCAGAUGCACGGCUCUAAAUGUUUUUGGCAGGACCCAAGACUAUGGAUGUCAAAAACAGCUGCAGUAUCCAUAGGAAAGAUUGGUACAGUUUUGAUGUAAAAUUAUGUUAUGUGCAAUUUUGCAUUCAGAUUAGUUCCUGUAAUUAUGUGUUUGACAGAACUCCUGGUAUCGAACAUUUUUCUCUGUAAAAUGAAUUGGGGAAACCUAACAACAAAAUGUAAUGAUGGAAUAUUGAGCAUAUUCACUCUAAUUGGCUGUUAUUUAGGCUAUAUUUUAGGCCACCGUUGCCACUUUUAUCAAUAAUGUAGUUUACCGAAUCACUGUAUAAGGCACAAAGCUGAGCUGUAUCCCCAUCUUCUCACAAUUAAAUUUACAAGUACUGGAGAUUUCAUUACUAAAUAUUAGACUCAAAGAGUCACAAGCAUCAUUCACAUAAAUUUUAUUAAGUGCAGCAAAGUUGUCUUUCCAAAGCUAAUAAAAUGAUUAAAAUAAAAUCUCUCUCCAUCCUCAGAGAUCCUCAGAACAUGACCGGGCACAGCCCCGAGCAAUCUCAUCUGGCUUUGACGCUAUCCCUGCUUUGAGCUGUGCAGACCAGAGAGGUUCCUUCCAAUCUCUUUUGUUUUAUCAUGCUAUGUUACUGCUUUCAUACCUCAACAUACGGCUCACUCGAGAGAGCAGUGGGCUGUGUGGAUUGUAACUGUUCUGCCACCCCAGGGCUCUUCUGCAGCUGUUUCUUCUCCAGGAUGUUCUCUGGUACUCAGCUUUAUUUUUCUCUCAGUGUCUCUUCUUAAAACCUGGACGGCAGACCCUGUCCAAGCUGGUGAAAUAACGCUGAUACCCAGUUGUGAGAAGAGAAAGGGAAAUCAGCCUUAUCGGAGUAACUGGUGUUCCUUAUAACCAACAGUUUUGGGAGCUCAGCGAGGAGGUUUCUCCAUCAUAAAUGGAUGCUGGUUGCACCUCCAAUACAAGAUUUUUUAAUUCUAGGGAGGCAUUGUUUCUUAAAGGUUUGUUUUUAACUGUGACAUCCUCUUUCAUUUGCUCAUUUCCUGUUUCUGUCUAAGAGCCAAGGCAGGGCAUCCCCCCAGUGACAGGGACAAGGGAAGGUGUACAGCACCUGAGGCGGAGUGAUGGAGAAUUACUGAGGAGGGGAGGACCAUAGCCAGCAGCAUCAUUAGUUCUGCUGGCAGCGGAAAUAAGAGCAGUUGGGCCUGAUUUGUGCUCGGGACAUACAACCAUGUAAAUAAAUACCAUACUUGUUUGUCCUGGGCUUAGCAGAAGUUUUUGGUCUAUUUUCUCAUUGAUGCUUUGUUUGUUUUGUGUAUGUACAAUCCAACCCACCCCAGCAUUUCAGAAGCCUCAUGGACAAGUAGCAGGCAGUAGGCAGUUCUGUUCCUGUCUGACCACUCACCAGUUUGAGACCAACUUAGCCUACCAGUCCAUAGCUAUACAGUGUAUUCUGUAAGAUAUAGGUAUGUGAGAAUAAUGUAUCGGAGUUUUGUUUUGGCUGUACUGUAUGUAUUUGCUUCAUUGGAAAAGCUGAAAUCAAUAAAAAUUGCUGGAAU